AAUACUCACACGCAAACACACACAGAUAUAUAUGUAUAUAUAUACAUACAUAUAAAUAUACAUACAUAUAUACAUGCAUACAUACAUACACACAUGCUUACAUACCCCCAUAUAUGUAUGUAUUAUGUAGUGACUACACACAGAAAGUUAUCUCCUACCAACACCAAUUUUAUGUACACUCACACUUCACAAUCUACAACACUGAGAACACUUAAAACCAAAUAAAUAUGUGUGGCUGUGUGGUAAGGAGAUUGCUUCCUAGUCACAUGGUUACAGGUUCAGUCCCUCUAUGUGGCACAUUGGGCAUGUGUCUUCUACUAUAGCCUCAGGCUGACCAAAGCCUUGUGAUUGGAUUUGGUAGAUGGAAACUGAAAAAAGUCCACCGUAUGUGUGUAUAUAUAUAUAUAUGUGUGUAUAUAUAUCUAUGUGUGUAUAUCUUUGUGUCUGUGUUUGUUGUCUUGGUGUGUUUGUGUCUCCGUAACACUAGCGAUUCAACAAAAGAGAACGAUAGAAUAAGUACCAGGCUUAAAAAGAAAGAAGUAUGGUGAUGGGGGUUGAUUCAUUCAACUAAAAAUUCAAGGCAGUGCUCUAGUGUGGCCACAGUCUAAUGACUGAAACAAGUAAAAGAUAAAAGUAUCAUUAUUAUUAUUAUUCAUCCGUCUUUACUUUCUGAGUUCAAAUUCCGCCGAGGUCGACUUUGCCUUUCAUCCUUUUGGGGUCGACAAAUUAUCAAGUACUGGUUGAUGUGAUUGACUUUCUCCACCCACCCCCACAAUUUCAGGCCUUGUGCCUAUAGUAGAAAGGAUUAUUAUUACUGUUGUUGUUGUUGUUGUUAUUAUUAUUAUUAUUCAUGCCACUAACAAAAAGCACAAUAACAAAAUGAAAUGGACUGAGUUGUUGUUUCUAGUAAAGAAGAACAUCAGCUACAAGUUCAUUUUAUAGAAAGAAAGAAAGAAAGAAAGAAAGAGGAGCAGAAAGAAAGGAAGAAAGAAAGAAAAAGAGAAAGAAACAAAUAAACAAACAAAGAGAGAGAGAAACAGAAAGAAAGAAACAAACAAACAAACAAACAAACAGAGAGAAGCAGAAAGAAAGGAAGAAAGAAAAAAAGAAAAACAGACAAACAAAGACAGAGAGAGAAAAAGAAAGAAAUAAAGGAAGAAAGAAAGAAAGAAAUCUCAUACUAUUUAUUUCAACUCCAUAAUGUUUCCAGUUGGGAAAUUCUCGAGUGGCGUGAGGCAGGAGAAGAUUAAUCUCACCACAACACAGUUGAACACUAAACCUUUGUAGCAGUUACUUGUUUGACUGACAAACCAGCAACACCAAAGCCAAGUUGUUCUGUUUGUCUCUGUUUCUCUGUCUGUCUGUCUCUCUCUCUGGUUUUAUAAUCUGUUCCUCAGAGUGAGGACUUGCUGUGAGAGACAGUCUCAGUGUUUAGACCAGAACACAUAACACACAGCCCAACCAAGUGGAAGAUUACCAAAUCGGGAUAUGUUUGAUCCCUUAAUUACUCAACCAGAGUAAUUAAUCUUCAGUGAAUUUAUUUGGGGAAAAGUAAAGGUUCAUCUUUGGAUUAAUAUGACAUGAUUCCAGUUUUUCUGGAAGAACAUUUCGUUAACAACUGAAUUCAUAAACUCUUUUAGUCUUGGAUGUCUUCUUCAUUGUAACAAAGAAAUGUGAAUGAAGACCAGACAAUAUAUCCAGGUGUUUUAUUGUCUAACUGUGAGGAUCAACCAUUUUAAAGACAAAUAUUAAUUUGUUAUAUGUUUGACCCUGACGUGAAUGAGUGAAGAACAAGGAUUCACUGGAUUAUUGGCAACAAGAUAAUAUAUAUCAAUUUCUUAUUCUGGGAGCAAAUCCUACCAACUCCAAUAUGAUUGGAUUUGGUUAUUUCGGUUCCUAAUUUUCUCCAUACCCAUCAUUAAUUCCAGGAAGAACUUUGCCAUCUCAGUGAUUUGUCUUUAUUAUGUCCCUUCUCCCUUCAUCCUUGUGACAAAUGAAAUAAAUUAUUAUUAUUAUUAUUAUUAUUAUUAUCAUUAUUACAAGGGUGAUGGAUUGAUAGAAUGGUUAGUGUCAAACAAAAUGCCUGGUGGUAUUUCUUCCAGUUCUUUAUGCUUGAGUUAUCCCUUUGAAGCUGAUGAAAUAAACUCCUGGUCAAGUACUGCAGUCAAUUUAAUCGACUUGUCCUGCUUACCCUAAAAUUGCUGGCCUUGCACCAAAAUUAGAAAGAUAACUAUUACUACUACUACUACUACUACUACUACUACUACUACUGCUCUAACCCUUUUAAAUUUUGUUAAUUUGCUAUCAACUGCUACUACAUGAAUUAGUUUUAUUUGAAAAACAAGUUGUUUAACCUAAAUCUGAAUCACUCUUUAGUACUCACCCAAGUCCAUUAAAUUGACAAUGCCAGUGGAUUUAUUGCUGUGGAAAUAGAAACCAUGAAAGAAUUGAAACCUACUUCAAAUAACAGGAAUUUCUCACGGAAAAUGGUUGGUUUAAGAAGCAAAGAUAUUGCUGUAAAGCAAAAUUACAAAGACACAAAAUAUGAACAUUUUUAUACGAUAAGAACCAACAAUUUACUUUUAGAUAUUUCGCAGGUGGCUUUAAGUAAGUCUUCGACAGAAAACCUCCAGAUUCCUCAAAGUUCCUACAAGAAAUUUUGGAUUCAAGAGAAAAGCAUUUCAAAUUUGAAGCUUACCAAUAAAACACCAACUUCUUUUACUGAAUCUAAAUGUGACACUACUGAGAAUAAUGGUAUUCAAGAUUACAAGGCUUCAAUACAUCUGCAGGCAAAUUCAGAUAAAACAAAUAUAAACAAUUCUGAUAUAUUGAUUACAAAAUCCAAAGCAUUCAAGUCACGUUUCCACCAAUCAGUUCUUGACAGUCCUACAUUCAUCUAUUCUUCAAUUCAUGGUUUUAUGCCUUACCAAGAUCGCUUAAAAACUACAAUGGGGAAAAUUUACCAGAAAAAAAUCACUGAAAGUCAAAGACAUUUGAAUUUUGAUUCAUACAAGGACUUGUUGUCGAAAUUAAACAACCAUAAUUCUAUGAGAGAUAGCAGAAAUGCCUUAAACACUAAAAGAAUUGCUUCCUUUUCACCAAGAACUUUACAGAAAUGUAUGUGGAACCAACCUUUAAAAACAUUAUCUGUGAAUAAGGAUACUGCUUCUGUUCCAAAAUCUUUGACUCAAAAUGGUUCCUCUCUUAAACAGAACAUAAAUAGCAUCAAAUACAACAAAAUGGAAAUUUUACCAUUAGCUACACCAAGACCUGAGUGUGUUUCUUCUUCGUUUGCUCGUAAAAUAUUAGGAAACUGAGACAAACAAGUUUUGAACAUACAACUUCACACAGCAACAACAACAAGAGCAACAAUAAUCUAUUUUUAUUAAUUAAUUCACAAAAACAUCUUUGCAGUUAUGUUAUGGGUAUUUAUUUUAAUAGCCCCAUAUCCAGGACGAGAUAAGUGUGGCUUGACAACAUUUGAACUCAGAACAAAAAGAUACAGAUCUAAAUAUAUCACAGAAUUCAAUGUAAUUCUCUAUUUUUUAUCAUCAUCAUUUUCCUACUGACGAAAACAAGGAAAUUAAUGAGAAAAUACCAGAUUAUCAAUGAAUAUAAAAAGUGAUUUUGUGACAAUUAUGCUUUUCUCAAUAGCAUUAGGAAAGUAAGUAAAAUAAGGCACAGGCAUGGCCAUGUGGUAAGAAGUUUGCUUCCCAACCACAUGGUUCAAGGUUCAGUCCCACUGCGUGGCAUCAUGAGCAAGUAUCUUCUAUCAUAGCCUCAACUCAAUCAAAGUCUUGUGAGUGGAUUUAGUAGAAGGAAACUGAAAGAAGCCCAUUGUAUGUAUGUAUGCAUAUAUGUAUAUGUGUGAGUAUCUUUGUGCUUAUGCUUGUCCCCCCACCACCACCACUUGACAACCGGUGUUGGUGUGUUUAUAUCCCCACUAACAUUUCUGCAAGGUAGUGCCUCAGCAUGGCCACAGUCUAAUGAGUGGAACAAGUAAACAAAAAAAAAAAAAGACAAUCUAGGUGGAAUGAGGAAGUGAAAUGGGAAAUCAUCUUUUGGAUCCAAUGAAGAACAUGGUUACCCUUUACAAUCCCUACAAAUGAAGGAAAGAAAACUUAUUGGUUAAAAAAAAAAUUAAAACCCCACCUCAGCAUCAGACAAAUGUUUUGUGAUGCUAAUUAGCAAAUUUUAUAUUCCCAUCUGCCUGUUCCUUCCCACCCCCAUCUUUCGAUAUCCUCUUAUCAGUGAUUGGAGCUAAUAUCAGUUUUCAGUAUUUCUUUUCUUGUUAAGGGAUUUUUAGAGCCGAAAUAUUGAAUAAUAAAAUAAAGUGUAAACCUU